UCCAAGUUUGAACCCCCUGGAAGUUGGUUGUGUGUGCUCGCUAAGAUCGCGGAUCUCUGCAUCAUUAUUUUUUUUUUUUUUUUUUGGAAAAAAUGUUCAUUGAAAGGUGUAUUGAAAGGUUGGUUGACUCUCCGGUGACCUGCCGAAUUGUGUCCGUUACUUACGCUUUGCUGAGCUUGGUGGGAUCGAUUUUACUGCUGAAGUACAGACUAGAGCUGGUGGAAGAUUAUAAUCCGGAUGGUCUCGUUAGUGACAAAAAUAUGCGCAUCAUUGUAUUUGUUUUUGGUCAAUUUUGGCUGACGUCUAUUGUUAUUCUCCUGGGCGGAAUGUUAUGGGGAAUCGUCACUCUCAUAAAAAUUCAUCUCUACUUUCUGAAUGGUGUUAAUGUUGGAUUUUUUGCAACUCUACUGAUCGGUGCUGUCACAUUUCUGGGCAUUUGCGUUGGAGAGAUGGAUAAAGCUAGAACUCCUUGGACGGAGAUGAUCGUUCAGUCGUUUAAGUUCACCUUAGCAAUGGCGGCUUUACUAUCUCUUGUGGCCUUAGUGUCACUUUGUUGCAUUUUAUUCAUCCGUUUAAUCCUCAUGAACGGCUUCAGAACGUACAAACCGUUCAAACCAUACUAUGAGGAGCUGGUGAAGGUAGCUGUGCUGGAGAACGCCAAAGAGCACAAGAUUGUUGAUGCUGAUAGACCAAAGGGUAUCGAAGAGCUGAAGAACGCUGACGCAAAUGGAGAUAUUCGUCUGACGAAGGAAGUCAAAUGUGAUGCUUACAAUAAUUGAACCGAGUGUGCAGUUACUUUAUAAUUUAUCAAAAUUGUUCCUGCAAAAUUAUCUUGAACAAAAGUG